UUGUUUUACCCGUAUUUUUUCGCAUGUUUCAAAGGUGCAGAGUACAAGCUAAAUUUUUAAAAUAGUUUUAGAUAUAACUACUAGACCUAUAAUUGUUUAAUUUUAUGAUCCCGCUUUGUUUGCGAAGAUACAGCCGGAAUUAGACUUACUUGUUCAAUCAGCACUUUGGUUCGGUUCAAUUGGUAAACAAGGCUCAACAUUUGGUCAGCAAUUGCUUGUUCUUUCCUAUGAUUCAGAACGUCUAACUUUAUCCCGACUAUGUCUACAUUUUGCAUUAACGAUAAUUCCAAGCUAUUUAAGAAAUUUGGACGAGCGUCGUUUAACUGCACAAUCUGAAUGGUUGCAUAAAGCAAUCGAAUGGGGAGAAAAUACAGCUCUUUUAUGUUCUGUGUUAAAUUUCUUUCGCUUUUUGAAGACCGGUCGCAAACCGACCAUUGUCGACUUUUUACUUGGUUUAGAUUAUAUAAGCUUACGGCAUAAUCAAAGGCGCGACAUAGGCUACAAAUACCUCACGCGCGAAUUAUUGUGGGGUGGUUUCAUGGAAAUUUUGGGGCUCCUGCUACCGAUAAUUAAUUUUAGAAAAAUUAUGCGGUUUUUAAACAAUACUAUUAAAAGUAUGAAUGCCACUACAAGAGAGGACAGGCUUGUGGCUAAUAUCGAGAAAAAAGUCAUACUGAAAUCGAAUACAAUUUGCACUUAUUGUGAAGAAAGACCAACCAUACCACAUCACAUGAGUUGCGGUCACAUCUAUUGCUAUUAUUGUUUGGCAGCCAAUGUUGCUACUGAUGCCAGUUUCAGUUGCACAAAAUGUGGUACAAGUACUACGAAUGAAAUUCAUGUGUUGUAGUCGGAUUUAUUUUUAAUUAAUUGAAAUGAAAAAAGUAAUUAAGUGAAAAUAUUUCUCAUAUUAGAUAAAGUAUCUAUAUACUUGGCUUUAAUUUAGGAUUAUGGCGAUGAAAAAAAUAACUUUAAAUUUAAUCUAUAUACAUUGACAUUGCUUGUUUCGACGUCUCCAAAAAGAGGUAAUUAUACUUUAACUUCAUUGUUUUACAUCUAGCGGGCAACUGAAUUUAUUCGUGUACAUUUAUAAAUAAAUUUGAAAUGUUUUAAAAAAAUUAGGUAACUUAGGGUAAUUUCCAUUAUUAGUAGAUUCUAUUAUUAUGAGUCGAAUAUUCGAUUGUGAAUAUUUAAAAUUGAAGUAAAUAAACAGAUCGGUAAACCUUUUGAUCUUACCACUCCCUUUAAGUUCCCUUUUAAGAUUUCAAUUCAACAAUAUUACGUUACAUAUUUUACACUUACAUAAUUACACGCAUUCUGCAGUUUAUGUUGAUAGGUGGUAUUAAAUAAAUAUGUAUAAUUUAUAACACUCAUAA